GAGGCAGGUAGUUCGGUGGUUCCUACCGGGCUUCCAGAGAUGGGUAAAGGUGGUGGGACACGGAUACCACUGUGGAUAUCAAUACUAGCCCUGGUCUUCAUACAGAUCGAAGUUCAAGCCCAGGGUGGUGAACAACCAACAAAGUCAGAGUAUGUUUCUCCAUCUCUCCUGCAGCGACAAAACUCUGUCAAAUCCCAAGGAGUGACAAUCAUUCCAUCCUUUCCAAACACACUGAAAGUAAAGGCUGGCAACCCCUCUCACAAUGGCCGUGUGUGCAGCACAUGGGGGAACUUCCACUUCAAGACCUUUGAUGGGGACAUCUUUUACUUCCCUGGGGUCUGCAAUUACAUCUUUGCCUCCAACUGCAAGUCUUCCUACGAGGACUUCAACAUCCAGAUUAGGCGUGCAAUGGUGGAAAAUGCUACUGUGAUCACUCAUGUCAUCAUGAAGCUGGAAGGAGUUGUGAUUGAACUGACCCCCAGCUCUGUCCUGCUCGACAACAAAUUGGUCCAGAUGCCCUACAGCCAUAUGGGAGUCUUCAUAGAGAGAAGUAACAACUACUUGAAAGUUUCUGCCAAGCUGGGACUGACCUUCCUUUGGAAUGGACAGGAUGCCCUCCUGGUGGAAUUAGAUAAGAAAUAUGCCAAUCAAACUUGUGGACUUUGUGGGGACUUCAAUGGAAUUCCAGUCAGCAAUGAAUUUAUUUCAGGGAAGACGAAACUGACCCCCAUACAGUUUGGUAAUAGGCAGAAGAUGGAUGGACCUACGGAGCAGUGUGAUGAUCCUAUUCCUCCUACUUCUCUGAUGAACUGCUCAAGAGAAUUUGCUUCUAUCUGUGAGACAGUAUUAACCAGCAAGGCAUUCACGAGUUGCAACAUGCUUGUGAAUGUCCAGGACUACAUUGAAACUUGCAUACAAGACCUGUGCCACUGUGACAGCUCCAUGGCUGACUUCUGCAUGUGCAACACCUUUGCUGAGUACUCCCGGCAGUGUGCUCAUGCAGGGGGACAGCCCCUGAACUGGAGAACCUCAGACCUGUGCCCCAAAUCAUGUCCGUUCAACAUGCAGUACCACGAGUGUGGCUCUCCCUGCUCUGACACGUGCAGCAACCCGGAACGAUCUGCACUUUGUGAGGAUCACUGCACAGAUGGCUGCGUCUGUCCUCCAGGAAUGGUGUUUGAUGACGUGAAUGGUGCUGGCUGUGUUCCCCGCAGAGAAUGCCAUUGUACCUAUGAAGGUCAAACUUAUGCUCCUGGUGCCUCCUUCUCAUCUAAAUGCAGAUCAUGUACCUGUGUUGGAGGUGAAUGGUCUUGUGUCACUCAGUCGUGCCCUGGGACUUGCAGUAUUGAAGGAGGUUCCCACAUCUCAACAUUUGAUGAGAAAUACUAUUCCUUCUUUGGAGACUGUAGUUAUGUCCUAACCAAGCUCUGUGACAGCAAUGAGUUCACGGUGUUGGGGGAUAUCCACAAGUGUGGUCUGACUGACACUGAGACGUGCCUGAAGGGUGUGGCCAUCAGCCUGAACGGAGGACAAACGAACAUUGUGAUCCAGCCUUCUGGGAGUGUAUUUGUGAAUAUGAUCUACACACAGCUACCAUUCUCAGCAGCAAAUGUCACCAUCUUCAGGCCUUCAUCUUUCUUCAUAAUACUGCAAACAACUUUUGGCCUUCAGCUACAGGUUCAACUUGUGCCUUCAAUGCAAGUUUUUAUAGAUUUAGACCCAUCACACAAAGGGCAGACCUGUGGUCUCUGUGGAAACUUCAAUGAUGUACAGGCAGAUGAUUUCAAAACCACCAGUGGUGUGAUAGAGGGCACUUCAGCUGCCUUUGGCAAUACUUGGAAAACUCGGGCUGAUUGUCCUGAUGCCAAAAAUACCUUUGAGGACCCCUGUACUGUCAGCAUACAAAAUGACCAGUAUGCCCAGCACUGGUGUGGACUGCUCUCUGAUACCACGGGACCUUUUGCUGAAUGUCACUCAACAGUGAAUCCAGAAGUUUACCAGAAGACCUGUAUGUUUGACACCUGUAACUGUGAGAAGAGUGAGGACUGCAUGUGUGCUGCCCUUUCCAGCUAUGUCAGAGCCUGUGCUGCUAAAGGAGUUCUUCUCACUGGAUGGAGGAGCAAAGCCUGCACAAAAUACACCACCUUGUGUCCGAAGUCCUUGAAGUACACCUACAAUGUCAAUUCCUGCCAGCCCACCUGCCGCUCUCUGAGCGAGCCUGAUGUCACCUGCAGCAUCAAGUUUGUCCCAGUGGAUGGCUGCACCUGCAUAAAUGGGACCUACAUGGAUGAGAGUGGCAAAUGUGUGCCUGCUUCUAGCUGUCCUUGUUACUACAAAGGAAUGCCUCUGUCUUCUGGAGAAGUUGUUCAUGAUAAUGGUGUUGUCUGCACUUGCACCUAUGGAAAGCUGAGCUGCAUUGGAGAGAAGCCCGAACCAGUCUGUGUGCCUCCCAUGGUUUAUGUUGACUGUGGCAAUGUCACUGCAAACGUGGUAGGAGCAGGAUGCCAGAAGAGUUGUCAGACUCUAGAUAUGGAAUGUUACAAAACUCACUGUGUCUCUGGCUGUGUAUGUCCUCAUGAUCAAGUGCUGGAUGGCAAAGGUGGCUGUAUAGCUCCAGAAGACUGUCCAUGUAUUCACAAUGGGAAUUACUACAGUCCAGGAGAAUCAAUCAGAGUUGGCUGUAACAACUGCACAUGUAGAAACAGAAAAUGGCAAUGCUCUGAGGAACCCUGCCUGGAAACAUGUUCUGUUUAUGGAGAUGGGCAUUAUAACACCUUUGAUGGCAAACGCUUUGAUUUUGAAGGAGACUGUGAAUAUGUUCUGGUCCAGAACUACUGUGGUCAACAGGCUAUGAAUCAGGGAACCUUCAGAGUCAUCACUGAGAACAUUCCAUGUGGCACUACAGGAACUACCUGCUCUAAGUCUAUUAAAGUUUUCCUGGGAAACUAUGAGCUGGUACUCAAUGAUGGACACUCUGAUGUCAUCCAGAGGACACCUGGAGGAAAAAUGCCAUUCCAAAUCCGUUCCAUGGGCAUCUACCUGGUGGUUGAUACUACUGUUGGUCUGAUACUCAUGUGGGACAAGAAAACCAGUAUAUUCAUCAAACUUAGUCCCAGCUUUCAGGGCCAUGUCUGUGGACUUUGUGGCAACUAUGAUGGCAAUGGAAAUAAUGACUUCACUACUCGCAGUCAGUCUGUGGUAGGAAGUGUGCUGGAGUUUGCCAAUAGCUGGAAAGUAUCUUCCAGCUGCCCAAAUGCCAAUCGUACGCUGGACCCAUGCACUGCAAACCCAUACAGGAAAGCCUGGGCACAGAAGCAAUGCAGCAUCAUUACCAGUGAAGUGUUUGCAAAGUGUCACUCACAGGUUGAACCAAACGAAUAUUACCAAGCAUGUGUGGAUGAUGCUUGUGCCUGUGACACUGGAGGAGACUGUGAAUGUUUCUGCACAGCAGUAGCUGCCUAUGCUCAAGCAUGUAAUGAGCUGGACAUCUGUGUAUCAUGGAGAACCCCAUCCAUUUGUCCUCUGUUCUGUGAUUACUAUAAUCCACAAGGGGAAUGUGAGUGGCACUACAAGCCAUGUGGAGCGCCUUGUAUGAAGACCUGCAAUAAUCCAAGUGGGAAAUGCCUUCAUGAAAUGAGGGGUUUGGAAGGCUGCUAUCCACAAUGCCCAAAGAAUAAGCCCUAUUUUGAUGAGGAAACCAUGACUUGUGUUUCUAAUUGUGGUUGCUUUGAAGAUGGAAAAAAUUACAAACCAGGAAUGGAGAUGCCUUCAAAGCAGAACUGUGAAUCAUGUGAAUGCACACUUCAUGGCAAAAAAUGCAGAUAUGAUGAACAUGAAUGUGUCUGCAUUUAUGAGGGACAGAAAUACAACUACCAAGAUGUGAUCUACAACACCACAGAUGGCACAGGAUGGUGUAUUGUUGCAACCUGUGGUCCCAAUGGAACGCUUCAAAGAUUUAUCCAUGGAUGUCUGCCCUCAACAUCACCUACAACAGCAACGACACCACCUACCUCUACUUCCACAGUGUCACCAACUACAUCAGUAUGUGUUCAUGAAGUGUGUCAGUGGUCAGAAUGGUAUGAUGGGAGUCUACAAACCCCUGGCUACGAUGGGGGAGAUUUUGAAACUUUUGAUGAUUUACGAGCAAAAGGGUAUGAAGUCUGUAAAGCUCCAAAGGCUGUUGAAUGCAGAGCAGAAAAGUUCCCUGAUAUACCACUGAAAGACCUUGGCCAAAAAGUAGAAUGCAGUACAACACAAGGGCUUAUAUGUUACAACAAGGAUCAAAUUUCAACAAUGUGCAACAACUAUGAAAUCAGAAUCCUCUGCUGUGUUUUUGUACCAUGCUCUUCCACACCGCCUUUCAGCACUUCAACCCCGGUCACACCUCCAACUGUGACAGAAACAUCUACUGAAACAAGGUAUACAUUUAGUACAACUUCUGAAAGUACAUGGUCCACAACAUCAACUACAGAAGGAACAACACCGGUCACCAUAUCAACUUUUACAACUCCUCUUUGUUUCAAAGAAAAAUGUUAUUGGACAAGAUGGUAUGAUGUCAGUUAUCCAGGAUCCGGUUACAAUGAUGGAGAUUUUGAUACUGUUCAGAACAUUAAAAAUCAGGGAUACAAACUAUGCGAGAACAGAAAGGAUGUGGAAUGUAGAGCAGUCAGGUUUCCUAAUACACCAUAUCCUCUACUAGAGCAACACAUAACGUGUAACACAGAAGAAGGGUUAAAAUGCUAUAAUAAAGACCAGUUGCCACCCAUCUGCUAUAAUUAUGAACUAAGAUUUAAAUGCUGCAUAAAUAUACCAGUACCAUGUGAAACAACCACAGAAAUGGUUACUACAACAAUAAAACCAACUGGAUUUUCAUCAAUGACGACAUCAAAAACGGUACCAACAACUCUAAGUUUACAAACAAAACACAAGACAACGACAAAACAUACAGUCCAACCAAAAACAGAUUUCAUACAUACCAGAAUAACAUCUACCACAUCCACCACCACCACCAGCUGUGAACCCGAAGUGUGCACCUGGAGCGAGUGGUUUGACGUAGACUUUCCCUCCUCGGGGCCCAAC